GGGGGGGUCAAACACAAACAUAUUCAUAAGGGUUGACGGAAUGGCCACCGCCGCUUCCAAUCCUUAUCUCCCCACCAAUAGCAUCCUCUCGUCCGGAUCCAUCGUGCACGCUGACUCCGGGGGUGGCGGCAUGCAGCCGGGCAGCGCUGCGGUUACCUCCGGGUCUGGGGGCUACAGGGGAGACCCCUCAGUCAAGAUGGUGCAGAGUGACUUUAUGCAAGGCGCGAUGGCGGCCAGCAACGGGGGGCACAUGCUGAGCCACGCGCACCAGUGGGUCACGUCGCUCCCGCACGCCGCGGCGGCCGCGGCUGCAGCGGCGGUGGCGGCCGCGGAGGCCGCCUCCCCCUGGUCGUCCAGCCCGGUGGGGAUGACGGGCAGCCCCCAGCAGCAGGACGUAAAGAGCUCCGCCAGGGACGAUCUGCACACGGGCACCGCGCUGCACCACCGGCCCCCGCACCUAGCGCCGCACCACACGCACGCCGGCGCUUGGGGGAGCAGCACGGCGGCGCACAUCAACUCCAUCUCGGGGGGGCAGCAGCAGCAGCAGCAGCAGCAGUCACUCAUCUACGCCCAGCCGGGGGGGUUCACUGUGAACGGGAUGCUGAGCCCCGGCAGCCAGAGCUUGGUGCACCCGGGGCUGGUGCGCGGGGACACGCCGGACUUGGAGCACGGCGGCCACCACCACCACCACCACCACCAGCACGCGCACCACCCGCACCACGGCGUGAGCAGCCACGACGCGCACUCGGACGACGACACGCCCACGUCGGACGACCUGGAGCAGUUCGCCAAGCAGUUCAAGCAGCGGCGCAUCAAGCUGGGCUUCACGCAGGCGGACGUGGGCCUCGCGCUGGGCACGCUCUACGGCAACGUGUUCUCGCAGACCACCAUCUGCAGGUUCGAGGCGCUGCAGCUCAGCUUCAAGAACAUGUGCAAGCUCAAGCCGCUGCUGAACAAGUGGCUGGAGGAGGCCGACUCGUCCACGGGGAGCCCCACGAGCAUCGACAAGAUCGCGGCGCAGGGGCGCAAGCGCAAGAAGCGCACGUCCAUCGAGGUGAGCGUCAAGGGCGCGCUGGAGAGCCACUUCCUGAAGUGCCCCAAGCCGUCGGCGCAGGAGAUCAGCAGCCUGGCGGACAACCUGCAGCUGGAGAAGGAGGUGGUCCGGGUGUGGUUUUGCAAUAGGAGGCAGAAGGAGAAGCGCAUGACGCCCCCCGGAGUGGCGCAGACGCCGGAGGAUGUGUACUCUCAGGUCAACCAGACGAAUGCCUUUAUUGCAGGGUUUACCUGCAAACCGAACAUCUCCACCCAGUCCACCCUGGACGGCGCGCCUGUCGGAGACGGGCCACAGCAGAAGGAUGAUUAA